CUACAAGGCAUACAAAUGCCUACCGUAACGCCUACAAGUUAACAUGCACCCUCAUCUCAAUGGUACACGUCAUGUCUAUGAUACAGUAUGUGGUCCUUUCCCUUGCAGUGGAAAUUUUGAGGGAGAGAAGCCGUACCAGACUGGUAGUGAAGCCUGCACUUCCUGCCCCAGCGAACGGCUCUACUGUGUCAACAACCUUUGCUCAUUUGAGUCAGGAGCAGUAGUUGCAGGAGUGUCCCUGCUGGCAGUAGUGCUGAUGGCAGUGACUGGUGCUCUGAUGCACUAAGCCAUACUGGCC